GUGGCCCGGCGACAUGACCUGAAGCUGAUCGUUACCUCCGCCACGAUGGACUCGAGCAAGUUUGCGACCUUCUUUGGCAAUGUGCCCACAUUUACCAUACCCGGAAGGACGUUUCCCGUGGACGUGAUGUUCAGCAAGAACACGUGCGAGGAUUACGUGGAAUCGGCUGUCAAACAGGCACUGCAGGUGCACUUGACGCCCAACGAGGGCGACAUGCUCAUCUUCAUGCCCGGCCAGGAGGACAUCGAGGUGACGUGCGAGGUGCUGGAGGAGCGGCUGGCGGAGAUCGACAAUGCGCCGGAGCUGAGCAUUCUGCCCAUUUACUCGCAGCUGCCGUCGGAUCUGCAGGCCAAGAUCUUUCAGAAGUCCAGCGAUGGGGUGCGCAAGUGUGUGGUGGCCACCAACAUUGCGGAGACAUCGCUGACCGUCGAUGGAAUCAUCUACGUCAUCGAUUCCGGCUACUGCAAGCUAAAGGUCUACAAUCCACGCAUCGGCAUGGACGCCCUACAGAUCUAUCCCAUUUCGCAGGCCAAUGCCAAUCAGCGCAGUGGUCGUGCCGGACGCACAGGUCCUGGCCAAGCAUUCCGGCUCUACACGCAGCGCCAGUACAAGGACGAGCUGCUGGCCCUCACCGUACCGGAGAUCCAGCGCACCAAUCUGGCCAACACGGUGCUGCUGCUCAAGUCGCUGGGCGUCGUCGACCUGCUGCAGUUCCACUUCAUGGACCCCCCGCCCCAGGACAACAUCCUCAACUCGCUGUACCAGCUGUGGAUCCUCGGUGCCCUCGACCACACCGGCGCCCUCACCACGCUGGGCCGCCAGAUGGCCGAGUUCCCGCUGGAUCCGCCCCAGUGCCAGAUGCUCAUCGUCGCCUGCCGCAUCCAGUGCAGCGCCGAGGUCCUCAUUAUAGUGUCCAUGUUGUCCGUGCCGUCGAUCUUCUACCGACCGAAGGGCCGCGAGGAGGAGGCUGAUGGAGUGCGCGAGAAGUUCCAGGUGCCCGAGUCCGACCACCUGACCUACCUCAAUGUGUAUCAGCAGUGGCGCCAGAACAAUUACAGUUCGUCGUGGUGCAACGAGCACUUCAUUCACGUCAAGGCGAUGCGGAAGGUGCGCGAGGUGCGGCAGCAGCUGAAGGACAUCAUGUUGCAGCAGAAUCUGAGCGUGAAGAGCUGCGGCACCGACUGGGACAUAGUGCGCAAGUGCAUCUGCUCGGCGUACUUCUAUCAGGCGGCCAGGCUGAAGGGCAUCGGGGAGUAUGUGAACUUGCGUACGGGGAUGCCCUGCCAUCUGCAUCCAACGUCCGCUUUGUAUGGGCUGGGCACCACACCCGACUAUGUCGUUUACCAUGAACUGAUCAUGACGGCCAAGGAGUACAUGCAGUGCGCCACCGCCGUCGAUGGCUAUUGGCUGGCCGAGCUUGGACCCAUGUUCUUCUCCGUCAAGGAGUCCGGUCGCAGUGGCCGCGAGAAGAAGAAACAGGCGGCGGAGCAUCUCAAGGAGAUGGAGGAGCAGAUGCUGAAGGCCCAGCACGAGAUGGAGGAGCGCAAACAGCAGGCGGCCGAUAGGGAGGAGCAGCUGGCCGCCAAGCAGGAGAUCGCCACCCCGGGCAAUGCCACGCCCCGUCGCACGCCGUCCAGGAUCGGCCUCUGAUUUAUAUUGGUUUCGCAUCUGCAUCAGCAUCUGCAUCUGCAUCUGUUUCUGUAUCUGUUCAUUCUUUCUAUUCAUACAUAAGUUUAACAACAACUAUUUUUUGUUUUGCUAUACACCAUAAUAAAGAAUCAUUGUAAACUGGAGCAAA